GCACAGGGUGACUGUCCCUUUCUCUGCCAGGAAGUACCUUUCUGUCAUCUCUGGUAUGAGUGUUCAAAACGAUUAUUAAGGAAGAAGGCCUUUCUUAAAACUUUCCAUGUCUAAAUGGACUCCUGAAUGUAAUAUAGUUUAUACUCUAAAAGCGGAUAUGAAGAGUGAAGUUCCUUCUGAUGCACCAAAGAGACAGGAGAGUCUGAAGGGGAUCCUCUUGAACCCUGAGCCUAUUGGGGCAACCAAAAGCUUCCCUGCAGAAGUUGAGAUGAUUGCCAGUAAAGUAGGGAAUGAGUUCUCUCACUUAUGUGGUGAUUCUCAAAAGCAGAAGGAAAUGAAUGGCAACCGUACAGACCCAGACAAAAGUAUUGUGGUGCGAAAAAAACGCAAGAGCCAGCAGGCUGGUCCUUCAUAUGCUCAAAAUUGUCCUGAUAAAGAAAACCAAGGAAUCUUAGGAUUAAGACAGCAUCUAGAAACACAGAGUGAAGACAACGACUCUUCUUUUAGUGACUGUAUCUCUUCACCUUCAUCCAGCCUACAUUUUGGAGACUCUGACACAGUAACAUCUGAAGAAGAAAAAGAUGCUCCUGUAAGACACCCUCAGGCAGUGUUGAAUACUACAAGUAGAACUCAUAGUGCACGGUCACAAAAGUGGCCUCGGACUGAGGCAGACUCUGUACCUGGGUUAUUAAUGAAAAGGCCCUGUUUUCACAGCAGUUCUUUGAGAAGGCUUCCAUAUAGAAAGAGAUUUGUGAAAACCAGCUCCUCACAGCGGACACAGAACCAAAAAGAACGAAUUUUAAUGCAGAGGAAAAAACGGGAAGUGUUAGCUCGGAGAAAGUAUGCUUUACUACCCAGCUCUAGCAGUUCAAGUGAGAAUGAUCUCAGUAGUGAAUCUUCUUCCAGUUCAUCUACUGAAGGGGAGGAAGACUUAUUCGUGUCAACUGGUGAAAACCAUCAGAACAAUACAGCUGUUCCUUCAGGAAGUAUUGAUGAAGAUGUUGUGGUGAUUGAAGCAUCCUCCACUCCCCAGGUCACUGCUAAUGAAGAAAUAAAUGUUACCUCAACAGAUAGUGAAGUGGAGAUCGUCACAGUUGGUGAGAGCUACAGGUCUCGUUCAACACUCGGACACUCAAGAUCACACUGGGGACAAAGCUCUAGUUCUCAUACUGCACGGCCUCAAGAGCAGCGGAACCGCAGCAGGAUUUCCACAGUCAUACAGCCACUGAGACAGAACGCAGCAGAAGUCGUGGACCUUACGGUGGAUGAGGAUGAGCCGACAGUUGUGCCAACCACAUCAGCUAGGGUGGAGCCCCAGGUUGUGAGUUCUGCUUCCAGUAACAGUUCUAGUACAUCUACCUCAGAGCAGGCCUCUGAUGCAGCUCCAAACGUCUCCAACAGCCAGCCCUCUGCAGCACCAGAGACGACUUCUAGUCUUCCGAAUAGCAGCACUGCUGGUUCUUCAGCUGGAGAUGAUACAAGAAGAACUGCGUCUAACACGACACUGGAAACUGGCCCUCCGGCCAUGCCACGGUUACCAUCUUGCUGCCCUCAGCAUUCUCCAUGUGGAGGAUCUUCACAGAAUCAUCAUGCAUUGGGGCAUCCGCAUACAAGCUGCUUUCAGCAGCAUGGCCACCACUUUCAACACCACCACCACCACCACCACAACCCUCACCCAGCUGUUCCACUGUCUCCUUCAUUCAGUGACUCCAGCUGCCCUGUUGAAAGGCCUCCUCCAGUGCCUGCCCCUUGUGGAGCAAGCAGCAGUUCAGGCACCAGCUACCAUGACCAGCAGGCAUUGCCAGUAGACUUAAGCAGCAAUGGCAUAAGAAGUCAUGGAAGUGGUGCUUUUCAUGGAACGUCUGCUUUUGACCCCUGCUGUCCUGGUUCUUCAUCUCGAACUGCAAUUUAUGGGCAUCAGGCUGGUGCUGGCCCAAGCCAAUCAAUAGCGAUAGAUGGAUAUGGAUCAAGUAUGGUUGCACAGCCCCAGCCCCAACCUCCUCCUCAGGCAUCGCUUUCUUCCUGCCGGCAUUAUAUGCAUUCUCCCUAUGCUUCUUUGACCAGACCUCUUCACCAUCAAGCUUCUGCAUGUCCCCACUCUCAUGGAAAUCCUCCUCCACAGCCUCAACCUCCACCCCAAGUAGAUUAUGUUAUUCCUCAUCCAGUGCAUCCCUUCCAUCCUUCAAUCUCCUCUCAUGCAUCUUCUCAUCCUGUUCCACCUCCACCACCAACUCAUCCUUUAGCCAAUGCAGCUGCUCCAAUUCCACAGCAUCUUCCGGCAGCACAUCAGCCUAUCUCCCAUCACAUCCCUGCAACAGCACCUCCAGCACAGAGGCUACAUCCUCAUGAAGUGAUCCAGAGGAUGGAGGUCCAGAGAAGAAGAAUGAUGCAACACCCAACACGUGCUCAUGAGAGGCCUCCUCCGCAUCCUCACAGAAUGCACCCAAAUUACGGUCAUGGGCAUCACAUUCAUGUGCCUCAGACAAUGUCUUCCCAUCCUCGACAAGCUCCAGAGAGGUCUGCCUGGGAACUGGGAAUUGAAGCUGGUGUGACUGCAGCUACUUACCCUCCAGGACCCUUGCAUCCUCACUUGGCCCACUACCACGCACCUCCUCGACUUCAUCACUUGCAAAUAGGGGCUCUUCCCCUAAUGGUACCAGACAUGGCGGGCUAUCCUCACAUCCGUUACAUUUCAUCGGGAUUGGAUGGAACAUCAUUCAGAGGCCCUUUCAGGGGCAAUUUUGAGGAGCUGAUUCACUUGGAGGAACGAUUAGGCAAUGUAAAUCGUGGAGCAACACAGGGAACUAUAGAAAGAUGCACAUAUCCUCAUAAAUACAAAAAGGUAACAACUGAUUGGUUCUCACAGAGGAAACUGCACUGCAAGCAAGAUGGGGAGGAAGGAACAGAAGAAGACACAGAGGAAAAGUGUACCAUCUGCUUAUCUAUAUUAGAGGAAGGUGAAGAUGUCAGGCGACUUCCAUGUAUGCACCUUUUCCACCAAGUAUGUGUAGAUCAGUGGCUGAUUACUAACAAGAAGUGCCCCAUUUGCAGAGUGGACAUUGAGGCUCAACUGCCUAGUGAAAGUUGACACCAUUUUCCAGAACUAUUGUCCUCCUUCUUGCUCCCUCUCAUCCUUCCUGGUACUGCAGUCAACCAAAGAUGGCAUGACUUACCUGCGCAGAUUUGGAAGCAUUGAACCUAGAGUGCUGGCUCUGCUAUAUGGUACAACUAAUGCUAGACCUACAGUUUAUGUAGAAGACAGUUGAGUUUCAGUGUAUUUAUAAAACUUUUUUUUAGGUUUUACAUUUUUCUUUUGAUUCAUUACUGUAUUUCUGCAUGGUUCCUUGUAUUGCAUUUGUUUGCACAUAUUAUGGGCUUUGUGACCCCAAACUUGCAGGCAAGAUUAGCUGCUUUAGUAAGUAGAACUGUGUGGUCUCUUUUUUUUGGUUUGUUUUACAUAGUAUCGAGCUUUGAAAGUAUGAUUUCACUCAUUACUAACCUCGGAUUCCUUAAUUUAAUCAAUCAUAUAUUUUAGUUUAAUGUAUAAAGAUCAUCUAGAAGAGGAUAAUAUUAUGUAUUGAGACAUUCCUUAAUUAGGAAAAAAUGGCUGCUGUAUAUUUACAAUAUCAGUUCUGAGUCAAAUAACAUCCUUAAUAGUGGGAACAGAAUAUGAACUAUAUUCAGUUUGACUGAUACAUAUAGCAUACUCAUCACCGGAGUUUUUGUCUGAUCAGAUUUUUGUGUUUGUUUGAAGAUUUCAGCACAAUGCAGAUAUAUUUGAAUGUCAAUAUUAAACAUUUAGACUGCUGUUCAGAUUGUAUUUAUCAUUUUCUUCCUAUGUCUAGAAAUUUGAAUCCCUAACUUAAUAUUUGCUGCUGUGAAACAGCUCACUAGUGAACACUAAAUGUUGAUUUCAGUUAGCUGGAUUGUAGAUACUUGCAAAUUGAAAGAAUUAUUAGGGAAAUGGAAAAAUAGCUUAGAAUCUUUGUUCGGUCUUCUGCUAACUUAAGUUGAAGUAUCUGCGCACAUCAAGGUUGUUUGUUUUUUUAAUAUAAAAACCAUUCAAUCAGGAUUUAGAGCUGCAGGGGUUUUGUUUUUUGUUUUUGUUUUUUUUUUGGUGUUUUUGACAGAUAUACAUGCAUUCGUAGAACUUCUAAAGGUUCCAGGCUUGUCUUGGGGUUUUUAUUAGUUUUAAAGUUAAUAAAAUUAGCAAAAUUCAGCUGUCUCUUGUUUUAUUUUUCAUUAGUAAAUUGAAAAUCUGUAAAUUUCUGUAGAAACUGAGACACAAAUUAUGUGGUUACCUAGUUCUGCCUUGAUCAUAGAUUCCCUCUAUAAAUUACCAACAGUCCAUCACUGAUUGAAAUAUUUUCUAUAGUUAAGAUUUGCUGCAUAAUAUAGUGUAUAGAAUUAAGUUAUAAUGUACUAACAUUUCGCCUUUGGAGGAGGUUUCAAUCCACAUCAGGUCUCAAGUUGCUCAUCAACAUUGUUUCACAUAUAAUAAAUUCUAGUUUAUUUAAAUGUGCUCAACAGUUGCUGAAAAUUGCAAAAAACAUUGAGACAGUAUUACUGUCACAUUGGAAAAGAUGUUCCUAGGGGAUCAUAUAUGAACAUGUCAAUAAGCUUGCGUUAAGCUACCUGCUUUGUAAGUGGAUUGAAUAAUAAAUACCUUCAGUUCCUCUUGUCUUUGUCUUUCAUAAUCAGAUUAAGUGUAAAACAGUUUACAGUAAACCUAGAAAACAAUGUUAUGUUUACACUAAAAAAGUGAUCCAUUUAUAAAUAUUACCUUAUCUAAUUUAAUGCCUGUUUUUUGUCUGGUUAAAGCUGCUUCCCCUUUUUUUUGUCCUCUAAUCUGUUAGGAGUAGCAUUUCCCAAUGCAGUGUCUAUUGCUGGCAACAAACUUAACACCUCUGGCACUGAGGCAUUAAGUGGGGAGAAUUUUUUUUUUUCCAGCAUGUGUGAUAAAUGAACGUUCUCAAGCUUAAUUGCAUUGCUAAAACUGAACUUAAAACCACUUUGUGUUUGUACAAUGGGGGAUAUGGGAGAGAGGCAACAUGAUUUGAUUGCUUCAAAACCUGGCAUGGUUUUAUGCUAAACCUUCUUGAAUAUUAUGGCUCUAGGAAACUGAACGUGAGUGUGAAAUUGAAGCUAUGUUUUUUUUUACAAAAAAAAGUGACUGGGAAGGACUGAACAGCAGACACUUCCUAUUCUUCAGUGACUGUUGAAAAGGAGGGAAGUUAGUUGACCACUGAUGCUUGAAGUUUGACAAUAAUCACUUUUUAAAAGUUUCCAAGAAGGUACUUGAGAGACUUGGGGCAAAAAAAACAACAACCAGGGCCUGUGAAAUAAAUGAGACCCUAGGUAUGUGAUGUAAUCUUUUGGAUUUCUUCAAAGACAAAGAAGCACAGGUUUGGGUUUUUUUUUUUUUAGGGAUUCUCUUGUGCACCUAGUCUGGGUGCCUGGUACUAGAGGUAUUUUAGUGGCCCAUGCGUUGACUUGUUUUAUAACUGCUACUGAUAUUGUCUUGCUCUUAAAUGUAUGCAUAACAUUGUAAUGUGAUGUUGAACACUUAGGUAUUUUCCAGGAAUCACAGUGUUCUGAUCUGAUAUGCUAUUGCAGGGGCUAAUAAAGCUAGAGCCUAUUUCUAUUCCAGAAAGUUGUGACUUAACCGUAAUUUAAAGGAAGGAAAAUGAAUAGGCUUUUUGAUUUUGAAAAUUUCCACCACUUACUGUGCUUUACAUGCUUAGAUGCAUUGCCUUAAGUUUUCUGCAGCAUCUUUGACUUUAAAGAUAAGAUUCUCAACAGUAUGCAUUAAAUUACUUUUCAUAUAAAGUUCCAUUGUCAAAAGAAAUCCUUUUGUAUGCAAUAAAUAAAAUGUUAGACUGGUAUCAUUCAA